CAGCACUUUCAAUACGGACAAGUCCAAAUAGUGAUGAGAAUGUCAGGAUUUCGGUGUGCUGCAGUAUAACAAAAAAAAAAAACAAGUACAUCCAGUACAAAAAAUAUAUAGCCGAAAAUAUUCCUUUAGCCCAAAGUGAUAUUAAAAAUGGUUCGAGUAUCGCUAGUUCCAUUCAUUAUAAUCGGAUUUAUGGCGCACUUUUGUGCGUGUGAGGAUGUUACAUCCUCAGAUCUUCUGUAUAUUAAGACCAUGGGACCCUCGGCGAUUUUAACAAAAAUGCCGAACAUAACCAAUGAGUUUAGUUCAAGAAUUUUCAGUUCUUUUCGCAUAUUGCCAUCAUCAAAGCCAAAAACAAAUGGAUCGCUUAAGCGUAGUCAAAACGCCACGAACUUGAGUUACUCCUCCUCUGAGAUUUCCAAUCAAAGACGAGUUCGACGAAAAGCAGCGGCCGACAUGCUUAGCCGUAAUAUCUCAAUGAUUUUGGAAAAUCUACUCAAACGCUACGAGCAAUCCCAACUACCCACGCAUGGCCAGGGAGUUCCGACGGUGGUGCAAACGAAUAUCCUAAUCCGUAGCAUGGGUCCAGUUUCCGAAUUGGACAUGGACUACUCGAUGGAUUGCUAUUUCCGGCAGUAUUGGCGGGACAAACGGCUGAGCUUCAAGGGACCCAUCAAGAGCUUAUCUCUGAGCAUCAAAAUGCUGGACAAGAUCUGGAGGCCAGAUACAUAUUUUUACAAUGGCAAGCACUCGCAAAUUCACAUGAUUACCGUGCCCAAUAAAUUGCUUCGAUUGGAUCAGAAUGGAGGGAUUCUGUAUUCAAUGAGACUAACAAUUAAGGCUACUUGUCCCAUGGAGCUGCAAAACUUUCCAAUGGAUAGACAAUCAUGCCCUCUAGUAAUUGGAAGUUAUGGCUAUAUUAACCAACAGUUGAUCUAUGAAUGGAAAAAUCAGGACGAUGCGGUGUCCUUUGUUCCAGGAAUGACUCUAAAUCAAUUCGAUCUCAUUAGCAUGAUGCAUCGCAAUUUUACAACCGUUCGACGGGAAGGUGAUUUUUCAGUCCUGCAUGUAGCUUUUAAUCUCAAACGUCACACAGGAUAUUUUCUCAUUCAAGUAUAUGUACCCUGUAUUCUGAUCGUGGUACUGUCAUGGGUCUCCUUCUGGAUACAUCGCGAAGCCACCAGCGACAGAGUGAGUCUUUGCGUUACCUCAGUGCUGACCCUGUCCACCAUUAGUCUGGACUCACGAACCGAUUUGCCAAAAGUCAAAUAUGCCACAGCUUUGGAUUGGUUUCUAUUGAUGAGCUUUCUGUACUGCAUUGCCACCCUGUUGGAGUUUGCCGGUGUCCACUACUUUACAAAACUGGGAAGCGGAGAGAGUCCGCAACUGGAGGAUCAGUGGGAGGACAUCUGUAUAGCCAACUCAUUAUCGGAUCAUGCCGGCGAGGUGGAUGGCGAUGGUGAAGCUGACGCCGACCCAUUUGCGGAUGAGGACUCCAGUAAUGGCAGCGAAAAUGAUGACAACGAGGCUGGAGCAAGUGAAUCCGUUGAGUCCAAGAGCGGUGUCUGUGUAUGCAACAAAAACGAUGCUCUCGGUCUGGAAUAUGAGGUUUCGCUACAGAAUUCACUAGCUGGUGCUGGUUUUCUCAAAAGAAAUGCUAUUUUUUGUCCCACAUAUAACGAUCCAUCGUACAUUUUGCCAAACACCAUGGAGAGAACCACCCAAACGGAGCCUCCGGCCGUUUCGCGAUUGCAUCAGAUGUGGAUGUGCCUGAAGAGCGACAACAGUUUCCGGAAACAACGAGAACGCAACGCUGCGGCCCAAAAGAGCGAACAAGGUGGCGCCAACUGCUAUGUCAAUAGUGUAUCCCUAAUCGAUAGGGUGGCGCGUAUUGCCUUCCCCAUGUCCUUUGCAUUUCUGAACCUACUGUACUGGUGGGCCUACGGAAUGUACAAGAAGGAGUUCUCAUGGUCCAAUAUGAAGUCAUAGUCAUGUUGAUUAAUAAACGUUGAUUCCGAAUUG